AUGUCUCAACCAAACAAGCCAGUUGCAGCCAACCCGCCACUUGCCCCUAGAUUAGCUCGCAACGCGUGCGCCAUUGUUGUUGGUGAGCCAAGCGCCAGACAAUUUAUUGGUGGCCAAAAGUUGGGCCUCAGUACCGACAUCGAGUGCUUCGUCAUGUUCAUACCAAAGACCGAGGUAGAGAACUGGUACGGGUUCUCCAUUCAAGUCCCGCUCUCGGCUGAUGCCGAAGGAUUGGGUCUUGGGAAGUGGCACUCCUUCAAUGAGGCCAAGGGUCGUUUGACGACGACGGAUUCGAUAUACAUUACCGUCAAGUUUCCUCGGGAAUCCACUUUGUCGGAGAUCACGCCUGUCGAUGGUGUGUUGCUGAGGGCUUUCCCUCCCUCCCUCCAGCCCCGCAAGGUCUGCCAGCUUAAUGUUACUGUGGGAGACCCUGACGCCAUUCGGAUUGAGGGUAUUGGCAUGCCUUUCGCCAAUCCCGGCCAUAAUUGCGAGAGCUGGAUGCGUAACGGGGCUGUCUUCGAGGGCAAGACGUUGUUGGAUAUUCUCAAGUCUGGCAGAUACACCUUUGUCGUCUACAGGCCUGAGCAACCCUUCCGCGUUGAUUGGGACGUCACCAGAUUGCCUCCCCGAUUCCAGUAUCCUUGGGGUACUGAGCAUUAUUGGGAUGAGGAGAGGUAUCAUCUCUUGGCUGACGCCAACAAGGGUCGCCAAUUCGUUCCUGCGCGCAGUUUCGACAGCGAUAACAGUCACCUUGCUGUCCUUGCGCAGUCGCUCGCCCAGGACAUUAUUUGGGUGGACAGGGCCGCCCAGGAAAUCUACUCCCAGUUCCGUAUGAGGGUUUACUUCAUUGAAAUUGGAAAUGUGGUACCGAGUCACCAGUACUACGUUUUGGCGCCACUAGAGCCUGAAUUCCGGACCCGGUUUGAGGCUGCCUGGCGUCGCCUCGCCAAACAAGGGACACUCGAGCUCCAUAUCUUCGAUGAAGAAAACUUGAAGGGAGACCCCAUUGCGAACUGGGUGGCUCGAAUUGUCGACAACCCAGAGAGUGUCGAUGCUUUGGCGAACCAUGUCGUGGAGGAUUUCGAGCUGAUUCUGCACAACUGCGCUGCUUUGCACUUCGACUCGGGCAUUGAUGACUACAUUCGCAAAAUCGACGCUGUAUGUCAGUUCGCGCCAGACUCUCGCCCGUCCAACCCAGAAUUAUUCGGGGUCGAGAUUGCGGAAGACGGUCGUAGUCUGAAGGGCGAUGAACGGGCAGCUGCUCGUGUCAAACAACGGCUUGAAGUGGCUCGUGCUGCCGUUCGCGGUCGAGGUUUCUACGGAGUCGACAUUGCCGGUGCACGCCCAGCUGCAGGCAACCCUGAUCAGCUCGCCGAGGGCGUACAAGCCGCUGCGUUUGGGGAGAAGAUGCCGAUUCUCCCACUUGUCAAUAUGCUCAACGUCACAAGCGACCCGGAGAGAAAUGCCCUCAUGAGUCAGCUUUUGCCUGUUGACCGCGACAUCUUCGGCAAAUACCUCGAAUCGCGUCCUCUAGGCUUGGGUCUAGCGAUAGGGGGACCUGGAUUCGGCAAGACGACUCUCCUUGCUGUGGCUGCGUACGGUAUGAUACGGACAUUCAAGUCUGUUUACGUGUCCGCUCCCACCAAUGUCGCUGUUGACAACAUUGCUGCUCGUAUGUAUGAAACGAGUCGUCGUGUUGUUGAGACGGCCAAUGGCAGCAUGGAAUCGGGGGACCCCAACCGCCUUCGCCGACUUCUGGUUAUACGGGGGUAUAAGCCGGACGAUGAGAUGGCUGCUUUCCUCCGCCUGCUGCAGAACCCCGACUUGGGCGAUCAAGCUGCCCCGGAAUCGGCUUGGAGAGGCGCCUCUCGGUGGAAGCUUCACCUAUCGCUGGCAUACUGGGCCCUGAAGACACUGCGGUCGCAAGCGGUGGAGCCAUUGCACCAGGACGACAGCACGGCCCUCUACCGGCUCCAGGCCCGCAUAGACAACAGAGCUGAGUGGGCUGUUCUGCGUGGUGUUGCCGCUGGGGAUCAGCCUUGGGAAGAUUACGAGGCCCAACCUCUCACCGAUAAUCAGGUCAAGGGUUUCCUCCGGCUGUUCCUGGAUGUCGCCGAUGCCGUCGCCACCACACCAGCCCUCUCCUGCCAAAUGCCCUAUAAGCGUUGGAAGGACUCAAAGGGCCAUGCCGUGGUUAUAGACGAGGCUGGCAAUAUCAGCAGGCCGGAUCUCUACUCGGUCUGGGGCAAUACCAUGAUCCCUCUCUUCCUUGCCGGCGAUGAGAAGCAGCUUCCGCCAGCAGUAAUGUCCGCCAAAGAUAAGGAUGAUGAGGGUAAUGCCCUGAAUCGACACGCUCCCGACGCUGGGAUUUCGGCUCUGGAGUUCUUCAAGGGCACUGGCUGGCCUGUCUUCCGGCUGCGCACGCAGCUUCGCAUGGCGCGCGGUCUCUUCACGCUCAGCCAUGCGCUGUUCUACUCGGACGUGCCUUGUGCCUAUGACCCGCGCUGCGAUAUCGCCAGCUCCACGCAUGCUGUUGGGCGGCUUAUGGAGGACUUUGUGCGCGCCAAAUUCGCUGAGCUGAGGCCUUCGCCCCAGAACGAGCUGCGCGAGGUCUUCGUUCACUGCCCUGGCUCAGAAUCCAAGGUCGAUGCGAAUGGCUCCCACAGCAACCUGCAGCAGGCCCAGAUCGCCGUCGCGCUGCUCGACCAAUUCGUCCGCGCCCAUCGCGAUGACCCCAGGGUCGACCCCGCCAAUAUUGGCAUCAUCACCCCCUACAAGGCCAAUGUAGCAACGAUCAACCGACAGUUGCAGAACUACGACAGCCUCCAGGGCGUAGAGCCAGCAACAACGGUCGACUCCUUCCAUGGUCACGAGGCCAGCAUCAUGGUGCUCAUUCUCGGCACCACGGAGAAGACCGGCCCGGGUUUUUCGGCCGACGAGCAACGCCUCAACGUCGCCUUGUCUCGGCAAAAGUCAUAUCUCCUCAUCGUGGGAGACAUCAACGUCACCGGCCCCGUCGUAGCACCGGCCGUAGGGGCUCAAGCCGGCGCCAGAGCCGGUCGCGGUCGCGGUGGUCGCGGUGGCGGCGCUCGGGACGGCGCUCACGUCCCCAGGGCCACGGAUUACUUCCAGGUAGUUCGCGGCAACGAGGUUGUGAAUAUUCGGGCUGUCGCUUUGCGGGGGGCUUUGCUUGCAAUCCAAAAUGCAGGCCGUGUUGCAACGUUUGCAGUUUAG